AUGCCGAUCCUCAAUUUGCCUAUUCUUCCGCUUCUGACGCCCUCCCAACCUGUCCAUCCCGGUCGGCCUCGAGCCCCAUUGCGAAGGUCCGCCGACGCGGAUCAAGAAGCCACCCAUGACAACGCGUGUUUGGACGAGGAGGACGAUGAAGAGGACGGGGAGGACGGGGCGGAGGAAACCGGACUGGACGAAGACUCGGAUGGAAGUAGCGAAGAUGACGAAAUCUCGCCGUCUCAACGCCCGGGCCCAUCAAGACUCCCGCCUUUGCCAGCGGUUGACACGUCUGGGUUCAGCGUUCCGUUCGCGGAUGCGGAACAAUGCACGCCGCAUCCGCCCGCAGCCCUUUUGCCACGUACGCCCUCGCCGACUCACCAAGCACCACAACCCCGCCUUGUCCCCAUGCCUGCUUCCCCCGAUCGCGAUCCUCGGCCCAGUCUCAUGGUCGACCUGGAGUCGACGCGCAAGGACAAGAACACGAUUAUAUCCCCCAAGCUCGGCGGUGUAACACCCAAGUCGUGCCAACUCUCAAUUUUGGCGGUGAAUGACUCGGACGACUUGAUUACGUCUUCGACGUUGCGGCGGCGCCGGUCCUUGCCCACGUACGAGCCGUCUUCCGAUCCGCCCCCUUACCCCGAUCCUGUUUUUCGGCGGCGCGCUCCGGCCCCGCCGGAUGAGGAAGGCCGCGAAGCUCUACCUCCGUAUACCAACACAAUUUUCAUGUGCGGGGCCAUGCCGCGCAAGAUGGAGUUCCUCAAGCCCGGUGUUCAGUCCAAGGAUCGCAAGUGGCGCCGCGUCUACUGCGUCUUGGAAGGCACCGCGUUGCGUAUCUACAACUGCCCUCCCGAGGCGGCCGGCGUGAGCGCGAUUGAGCACUGGUGGGAGAGCAAGGUUGGUGUGGGCGAUAUUUCAGUCGUCAACGCCGUCACUGCGCGGUCGCCGAACAGCACCGCCGAGAGAGCGCCCAAGAUCCUCGAGGAACCGACACCAGAUGCGCCCGUACCUCCAACACAGCUUCCUCCGCCGACGAAAUCCAAGCUCGGCAUUCCAUCAAAGAGCCUUGGACACGCCCCUCGCCCUCCCAUUGAUCCCAUCGCUGCCGCUGCACGACGUUCCGUGGAUGUCCUCAGCUCUAGCCGACCCUCUAUGUCGUCGACGGCCAGUGCUCGCCCCUCGAUGGAUACUUCGGCAAGUCGGCCUUCCGUCGACGGUCCGUCGCUGUUUUCUCGCAGCCGGCUCCGACCGUCUCUGGGCACUAGCCCAGAAAAGCCGGAUAAGCGCUCCAAGGACAAGAACGCGCCCUUCACGCCGGACCAGGAAGACCUGAUCCGCCAGUAUACGCUGCAGAACGCGGAGAGCGGGCUUGCGAGCGACUACGUGAAACGGAAGAACGUCAUCCGGGUGAGAAUGGAAGGCGAGCAGUUCCUCCUGCAGGCGAAGGACGUUACUUCUGUGGUGGACUGGAUCGAGACGUCGUCGUCGACGCCCGCGUCGCGCCGAGACGGCAGGCCCGUCCUGAGCGUCGUGGCGCUGUACCCACAACUCCGGCAUCCGAUUCAUGGACACUUCAUGACCUUAUGA